AUGACUCCCGUCGCUGCCCAUACGACGGGCUCUUCCGAUGCCGCCGCAGCCCUAAGAGGUGCAACUCUCGCCUUCAACAAUAACAAAAAACCUGCUCCUCCGCCGCCGCAGAAGAAGAAUAAUGGUGCGCUGACCGCGGCUGCGUCAGCUGGGCGCCCACGAAGCCCUGCUAAGAGGCUCGGGACGCAGAGCACGGGCGGAAGCACAAUCGAUGCUGAACAAUAUGGUCAAAAUGGAGGCUCGAUAGCUGCCAGGUUGAAGCAGUUGGGCGCCAGCCCGGGUCAGCUGCAUCCUAAUACGGCUGCCGGAAGGACAGAUCCUAAGAGUGCUAGCUUCAUCGCUGCUACCCUGGCAGCCAGUCGAAGUGCUAGCCCAAGUCCCAAAGCGCGAACACCGCGGAGGAGAACGAGUAUUGGAGGUUCAUCAAGCAGUGGUGAGAUAGUUGACUCGGGCUCUAUUCCGCCCACUGGGUCACUCAUCUCCAUGUUUGAGCAGAGUCGCACAGGCGAUCCUGUCAAACGCGACUCCCCGAAGAGAACUCCCAUCAAAGCACCGAAGGGAUCGGACUAUAGUACCUCGGAAGAGCGAAUCACACGCCCAGAAGAGAGAAGCUCGUUGGACUUGAGACCGAAACCUAAGCCUAAGCCGAAACCUCGACCUUUCACACCAGAGCCUCGGACGCCAAGCAGACCAGCUCCAGAGGUACUGUCACCUCAGCCAACUCGUCCUCCAAAACCAGUUCUACGGCCGAAGACACCCCCUCAGAUUAUUACUCGCCAUGCAACCCAAGUUCUGUCACCACCAUCACCAGAUCCUCAUAAACGUAGCCCCAGACCCAGGAUAGAACAAAAGCAACAGCCACCGACACCACCACAACCCAGGGGAACAAACAAACCUCAAGUUGAAUCUAAGAGUGUCUUACAGGAUAGACCACUUACCAUCACACAAAAACGGACCGCUCCUCAACUGGAACCUCGACUAUCUCGACCUAGGCCUACACCACCGACUCCUACAGAGGCACGACCGACAUCGGCUCUUACAGUAUCUUCAGACGAUACUUUCGUCUCUGCAUCAUCUGUACAGUCGCCUGUACGAGAGUCGCCCCCGGUAUACUCUGUUAAACGGCAUUUCACGGGUAGUAACCCGCCAUCACCAACUCGAGAUUUUAGACGCGGCCACUUUAAAAGUUCAUCAGCUACAAGUCUUCCACUUGAAUCUCUCACCAGCGCAAUUGUCGCUGGGUCGCUUGCUUCGGCUCGCCUAACACCACAGCACACGGGAGGUAGUCUUGCUCCGCCAGUGCCUCGACCUCAAAAGUCACCUCGGCUGAUGCAAACACUGCGGCAACCGCCGAAACCUGUUGAAGAAGACACAGACCGUCACAAAAAGAAAAGCCUGAAGCUCCACAAGGGAAAACAUGCACACCAUGAAGGUUCUCGAAAGAAGUGGAGAGAAGAAGUCACACCCCGUGAGCGGAAACGAUACGAAGCAGUGUGGGCUUCAAAUCGCGGGCUUCUUCUUGAUCUACCCAACGCUCCUGAAGAAGCCAUGAACGGAGAACCCUCCGAGUACGUUCUUAACACGGUCGUUCGCGAGAUCUGGAAGCGCUCGCGCCUACCAGUUGAUGAGCUAGCAGAGGUAUGGGAUUUGGUCGACCGUAAAGGAGAAGGUGUAUUGGGACGUCAAGAGUUUGUCGUUGGUAUGUGGUUGAUUGACCAGCGCCUUCGAGGGCGCAAGAUUCCCACCAAGGUGAGCGACAGUGUUUGGGGCAGCGCCAAUGGUGAUAUGACAGUACAUAGCAAGAGACUUGGGCAUAAGCAUAAGCAUUAG